CACUUCCACCACACUAGGAAUCCAUUUUAUCUAUUCCCUUUCCCUGUUCUUGAAGUAACCUCGCCAUGGCCACCGCCACUUCGCUCGCCGUCCUCUCCUUCUUCUUCUUCUUCCUUCUUUCCGCCCUCGCCUCCGCCUCGGACAUGUCCGUGCUCAGCCGCCGGAGAGACGGCGAGGUGAGAGAAAUCUACGACCUGUGGCUGGCGAAGCACGGCAAGGCCUACAACGGAAUCGAAGAACGGGAGAAGAGAUUCCAGAUCUUCAAGGACAAUCUCAACUUCAUCGAUGAGCAUAAUUCCGAGAAUCGGACGUAUAAGGUCGGAUUGAACAGGUUCGCGGAUUUGAGCAACGACGAGUAUCGGGCCGCGUAUUUGGGGACCAGGUCGAAUCCCGUGCGCAGAGUCAUGAAGGCGAUSAAGGCCAGCCGCCGAUACACCGUCAACGCCGGCGAUCAGUUGCCGGAAUCCGUCGAUUGGAGGGCGAGAGGAGCCGUUGGUCCCAUCAAAGAUCAAGGAAGUUGCGGAAGCUGCUGGGCAUUCUCGACCAUAGCAGCUGUGGAAGGCAUAAACCAGAUCGUCACCGGAAAACUGAUCUCCCUCUCGGAGCAAGAGCUUGUUAGCUGUGACACAGAUUAUAAUUCAGGCUGCAAUGGAGGUCUUAUGGACUAUGCCUUCCAGUUCAUCAUUGACAAUGGCGGCUUGGACACCGAGGAAGAUUACCCUUAUGAAGGUCUCGACGGACAAUGCGAUCCUACCAGGAAAAAUGCCAAGGUUGUUAGCAUUGAUGGGUACGAGGAUGUCCCUGUCGGCGACGAGGAAGCGUUGAAGAAGGCCGUUGCUCAUCAGCCCGUGAGCGUCGCCAUUGAAGCCGGUGGCAGGGCUUUGCAACUCUACCAGUCUGGGGUGUUUACUGGCAAGUGCGGUUCAGAUCUUGACCAUGGUGUGGUCGCUGUCGGGUAUGGCACAGAAAACGGAGUUGAUUAUUGGCUUGUAAGGAACUCAUGGGGCACAGAGUGGGGUGAGGAUGGCUAUUUCAGGCUAGAGCGCAAUGUGAAGAACACAUCCAGUGGCAAGUGUGGAAUUACAAUGGAGUCUUCUUACCCUGUUAAGACUAGCGACAACCCAACGGGUUCAUACUUAGGUUUGGAAAGAGCUGGGGACAGGAUCAAGAUUAGCAGUGCUUGAAUUGAACAUCUUGGGACAGAAGAAAAACGGGUGAAUUGGGGAGAGGUGGGAAAUGGGUUACUACUACUAGUUUGAUGGAAGUUGAUUAUCUCUUGGUGUUUUAAUUAAUUCCUGUUGGUCUAAAGUUUGCCCUGUUGCUAUACCUAGGAAUAUCAACGAUUGUUGUGCUUCUUGUAAAUGAUUCGUUUCAGUAUCAAUGUUCCUUCACAGUUUAAUGAUAUUUGUGGGAUUUAAGAUGGA